CCCUGCGUGCGCGUGACUGGAAUUUCAGUUCGCUGCCAGGAAGAAAAGGGGAUAGCACUUGCAGCUGGUUACAUAGAUCGAUCUCGAUCGUGAUGACACUUACGAGGGAGGAGGCGCACGAGAGCAAGGAGAUGGAGAGCCUGCGGGUGCACGCCGACGCGCUGCUCUCGCUGGCAUCGCCCGCCGCGUCGUCCACGGCGACGGCGGGCAGCAAGCCGGUGACGGCGGCGACGACGACCGUGGCGGGCAGGAGGGCGCUGGCGGCGGAGGGCGUGUUCGAGUGCAAGACGUGCAGCAAGCGGUUCACGUCGUUCCAGGCGCUGGGCGGGCACCGCACCAGCCACACGCGGCUGCAGGCGCGGAUGCUACUGCACGAUCAGACCGCGGACCAAGGCGCCGCCGAGAGGGACAGGGCGCGGGUGCACGAGUGCGCCGUCUGCGGGCUCGAGUUCUCCAUGGGCCAGGCGCUCGGCGGCCACAUGCGCCGGCACAGGGGCGAGGCGCCCCCGGGGCCGUCGACGUCGUCGGCUGCCGUGCACGGCGACGCCAGCUCCGGCGGGACGCAGCAGCAGGAGGUCAUGCCGGACCUGAACUACCCGCCGAUGGACGACUGCGGCGGCGAUGGGCAAGAAACGUCGGCCGAUCGCAGCUCCGGGCAUCAGCUGCUUGAUCUGCUUGUGUAGCCUUCACAGAGAACAUAACAACAUAUACUUGUAUAGAUAGGAUGUGCAUAUACAAUACAUACAUGAUGAUUCCGUGUUAUACUACAUGGAUGGCUUGAUUUAUUUGUUUAAUUAUUAAGACAUGGAUGGAGUUUAAUUAGAUUACUAAUAACUAGCUACAUGAUGAUUGAGUAAUUUUCAGAG